AUGAGAUCCAAAUCUCGCCACAGCCGCGUUGACUCGGAUUCUUCGCCCAAGGGCGACGACCCGCUGUUCUUCUACAUGCCCAACGCAAAAUGGGGCGAAUUUUGCCAGUGGUUUCCGUGCACUUUCACCGUAUCGAAAGGCGAGAUUGCUGCCAUCCUUCGCGGUAAUGACGGAAUAUCAAUUGGAGAAGCGGGGGGGGGGGGGGGGGUGAUUACUUUCAACUGCGCCGAGCAGUUCAUGAUGUACUGCAAAGCAUCGUGUUUCCAUGACUUCGCAAGCCAAACUCGUAUCCUCGCAACUGCCAGCUCUAAGGAACAAAAGGCGUUCGGCAAAACCAUACAAGGCUUCGAUGACGAAAUAUGGGAUCGGGUCAAGAGCAACGUUGUUUUGGCUGGAAAUAUUGCCAAAUUCAGCCAAAAUCGUCAUCUGAAAAACGUGCUUGUGGGUACUGGAGAUAGGCUGCUUGUUGAAGCUGCCUCCAAAGACCGAGUUUGGGGAAUUGGAUAUACAGAAAAACAUGCAAUGAAUUUCAGGCAGCAUUGGGGAGAGAAUCGCCUGGGAUAUGCACUCAUGAAGACAAGACAACACCUCAGGAACGAAGUGUAA